GGUUGUGUUUUGGCUGGUUUCCGUUUGUUGUUAUUGCAAUGCAAUCGAAUACAAGUCGUGCUACUUUAAGUGCACAAUCAUCGGGUACACCUUCGGCAUCAACAAUAUCAUCAUCUGGCAAGCAACAAGUUGUUGAGUUAUCCGGCUAUGUAAUUAUUUUAGUGGAAAAUGUUGAUGGCAAAAUCAAAUUGUAUGGCUCACCACCCGAUCGUGAUAAUUUGGAAGUGGGCGAUGAGAUACUCGAAGUUAAUGGCUUAACAUUGGACAAUAUAUCGCGUACGGAAAUUAUACGGCACAUACAUGAUUGCAUCAAAUCCUGUACCAUAUGUUUGCGGGUACGCAAGAAAAAUGAUUCCAGGCUGGCUUGGGACAUUGGCAAUUCAGUGCAAGACGCCUUUGUUAUAGCAGUUGAGGAGCAUGCCAGAGAACGUUUGCAACGUUUAGCGGCCUUAAAUCGUGUAACACCGGUGGACAUAACACAACUAUCGAAAAAGUUACAACAAACCAAAGGCGGUGCUGCAUCUACACAAAAACAAGAUUUAAGUUUCCUAAACGAAGCCUCCCCCAUCUAUGUGACCUCAUUCAAUAGCAAUCAUACGGCCUGCAACAGUACGACCUUAACAACAGCAUCGACCUCGGCAACAGCUGGUCUAAUAAGUGCAACAACAAUAACACCAACAGCAAUAGCGUCAACAACGACUAAUGCAAGUUCAAUUAAAUCGCAACAACCAACCAGUGGCAUAGCUUUAUUGGCCACAGCCACCGUAGCAGCAGCCACAGCUGGCAGCAAGCAGCCAACGACAAGCACCACUGCAGCAGCAGCAGCAGCCGAUAGGAAUGCCAACAAUAAUUACAGCCAAGUUGCAAUACCAGGAUCAGCAGGAGCAGCAGCAUCAGUAGUAGCCGCCCCUACUACCUCUUCAAUCUUGACAAAUCAUAAUAGUAUAUUCCAAGCAACUCCCUUAUCAAAAUUGCCUCCCGGGUUGCAGCAUAAAAAACUAACUAUAGCACGUAGUUUACAGCAUUUGGAAGUGAAGGAAGAGGAUGAUGAUGACGACGAUUUGGCGGCCUUAGGUGCUAAUCUGUGUAAUAUUAAUUUUAUCAACUAUAAAAAUAAACAUGCUGAAAUACCGACGCCCACAGCCGCCACAGUUGUAGCCACACCAUUCAGCAACACCACACACACCUCCACAGCGCCUUUAUCAGCUGGCAAUAGUUCCACUUUGGGUAGAAGAAAAUCACAAACCAAUACCAUAAGUGCCACAGUGGAUGUUCAUCAUUCGACCUCUACAACAGCAACGCCCAACGCAGCUGUAGCAGCAGCAGCAACAGCUUCCUCGUAUCACGAUCAUAUACCACCGCCUUUACAACUACCCCCGCCAAAUAAAAUCUAUGUGGAUGCCCAGACCUUAACCUCGCCCCGUUUGGCCAAGGAGCAGACCACAAUACCACAACAACAACAACAGCAGCCCAUUGUGCAGCAACCAUUGCUACUCAACAAUAAUAAUAACAAUAAUUUAAAAACAUCAUCACAAACCACUGCUGCAACAUCACUGGCCACUGCCUCAUCUUUGGCAGCUGCGGCCGCUACCGCCACCGCAUUACUUCAUUCCAAUAAUAACAGCAGCAACACUACUACACAAAAAUUAUCAUCGAUCUGUAGUAGCAGUAAUUUAUCAAAUUCAAUUGCCUCAAAUGCCCAGUUAACAUCAACAGCAUCAUUAAUAACAAAUACUACUACAGCAGCAGCAGCAGCUCCCACAUUAGGAGUAACAUCAUCAUCAUCAUUAUCAUUAGGUACAUCACCACACAUAGCUGGCAUUUCGUAUAAUAGCCAACAAAUAUCAGCAACAACAACAACAAAUCUUAUUAGUAGCAAUAAUUGUGAUUUAUAUUUAACAACCAAUAAUCUUCAGCAGCAACAGCAGAUACAGAUACAGCAGCAGCAGCAACAACCACCGAGAAGAGAGUUACUAACCGACGAUGAUGAAGAUGAAAUUGAUGAUGUUUUACAAUUAAAUACCAAUAAUUUAACAAAUAAUUUAACACAAUUAAGUUAUAGUCCAAAUAGUAGCAUAUCAAAAGGAGGAUUUGAAUUAUUAUUAGGCGAUCAAUCGUUAAGACAAGACAUUAGGCCCCGCCGCCGAUCCGGCUCUAGCAUAGUGGUUUUAGAUAGCGAAGAUUUAAAACCCUGUCUGCCCGAUGUUUAUAAUAAUUUACCACAUAUACGACAAACAAACGAAGAAGAUACACAAGAAAUUGAUCAGGAAUUGUAUACCACCAUGUUGAAGUCCAUAAAUCAAGAUAAUGGACCUCAUCGUGAGAUGGCUGUGGAUUGUCCCGAUAAUUUUAUAGCUCGCAAUAAAACACCUCCGCGUUAUCCACCACCCCGUCCACCACAGUCGCAAAAACUUAAUAAUAGUUUGAGUUUGAAGGCCGCCCAGUCCGGCUCAGUUACCCAUAAUCCCAAUGGCAGUGGAGAGCCAGUAGCAGUAGCUGCUGCCAGCGAUGAUUUGGAAUUAAUGGUGGAUUCAUUGUAUCUAAAGGGCUCUUCUUCACACUCCUCCUCCUAUGAAAGUGAGGUUUUAAGCAAGAAGUCAACUGAAUCGUAUGACUCCAUUUCCUAUCGCCAGCUCAACAACAAUAAUAACAAUAACAACAAUCAUUUGAAUAGCAAAGCUAACCAUCAUGUUAACAAUCAAACUUCCAACUCCAACAACUCGUCUUCCUCCUCCUCCUCUAUGACAGCAAAUCAUGCCAAAAUUAAUGGCCAUUCGGCCGAGCUUUUGAAUGGCUGCAAUGGCGGCAGUGGCGAUUCCUUGCCCAGCCUUAACAGCUCCAGUUCUACGCCCCCACCCGAAUACGAACUCAAAGAGUUCUCCUCCAAAAAUGCCGUUUUACCCGCUGCCGUCAAGCAUCGCGAAUUGCCGGUGGAUGUACCCGACAGUUUUAUAGAAAUUGUUAAAACUCCUCCCCGCUAUCCACCACCGGCUCAUUUGUCUUCUCUGUCCUCGCAAAUUUCCUCUUGCUCUUCGGCCUCCACGGCCAAUACCACAUUGACGCGCAUUAAUUCAUGCAAUAACUCCAAUACCGAGUCACACAACAUGAGCUUUUCACCACAGUCUCUGAAGCAGCAGCAGCAGCAGGAGACUUCUUUGAUUUCGACCAUGUCAUUGAAUGGCUCCUAUGAGGAUUUUCAGCAGCAGCAACAAGGAUUUCAUCAAAUGGGCACGCAAAAGCCCCAGCCACAAGUGGCCGGAAAGCUUUUAGAUGAGUUGAAUGGUUCCAUUAAACCUGUGCCACCGCCUCGUGAUACUGUGCCGCCGCAACUGCCCGAUCGUCGUGGCAUGCCCAUGGCCAACAGUAUUGGCAUAGCGCCUCAGCAAAUAGCGCAAAUUGUGGAGCCCACACUGGAGCAGUUGGAUAGUAUUAAAAAAUAUCAGGAACAAUUACGUCGUCGCCGUGAGGAGGAAGAACGUAUUGCCCAGCAAAAUGAAUUCUUGCGCGCCAGUUUACGCGGUUCCCGUAAACUCAAGGCCUUGCAGGAUAAUAAGCCCACGGCUCAGCAGCAACAGCCGGUGGCGGCCGAACGUUCUGUGGUGGGAGUGGAGAAUGAAGCUUAUAUUGAAGAUGAAGAUGCAACGGAAAAGAUAACUGGUUAUGGUGACCUCAUAGCCGCCUUGACACGUCUACAAAAUCAACUUACCAAAAAUGGCAUGACCACACUCGCAGGCCGAGUGUCGGCCGCCCACAACAUACUCUCCAAUCCGGGAGUGGCUCAUGCUUUAGCAGCCCGCCAGGCUGUCCUCCAACGUAGACGACCCAAAGUCAACAAUCCCGUCAGUACAAACGCCAUGGAAUUGCAAAAGGACAUUGUCGAGCUGCUGGCCAAAUCCAAUUCAGCCUCAGCCAUUGAAUUGGGCAAUUUGCUGACCAGUCACGAAAUGGAGGGUCUACUGCUAGCCCACGAUCGUGUGGCCACCCACACCGAUGGCACACCAUCGCCCACAUUAAGUGGGGCCGGCAGUCCACAACCUCCCCUGUCACCCAGCAGUGGAUCAGCAGCAGCACCACCACCUCCCCUACCAGUACCCCCUAAAUCGGCUUCUUUAAGGGGCACCGCAGUACCGCCACCAGUGGUGCCACCGCCUUUGGCUCAGCGCGGAGCCAUGCCUUUGCCACCCAAUGUGGCACCGCAUAAUGCUACCAGUGGCGGACAGACAGGUUAUGCUCAUAUGAAACCAACGGGUCGACCUGACAGCCCACCUCUGAGUGCCUGCUUUGGCAUACUAAACGAUCAAAAUGACAAUAUACGUAUUAUACAAAUUGAAAAAUCGACUGAGCCACUGGGGGCCACCGUGCGCAACGAAGGCGAGGCUGUGGUCAUAGGCCGCAUAGUGAGAGGAGGAGCUGCCGAAAAAUCGGGUCUUUUACACGAAGGCGAUGAAAUACUGGAAGUCAAUGGCCAAGAGCUGAGAGGCAAAACGGUAAAUGAGGUGUGUGCUUUACUCAGCACAAUGCAGGGUACUUUGACAUUCCUUAUUGUGCCCGCUGGCAGCCCACCACCCGGUGGCGGCCUACAUCGCGAAAAUGCUAUACUACAUGUGCGCGCCCACUUUGACUACGAUCCCGAGGAUGAUUUGUAUAUACCCUGCCGCGAGUUGGGCAUCAGUUUUCAAAAGGGCGAUGUUUUGCAUGUUAUAUCGCGCGAGGAUCCUAACUGGUGGCAGGCCUACAGAGAGGGAGAGGAAGACCAAACGUUGGCUGGUCUUAUACCUAGUCAAUCAUUUCAACAUCAAAGAGAAACCAUGAAACUGGCCAUAGCCGAAGAGGCGGGUCUGCAGGGUAAGAAUCGUGGCAAAGAGGGUGCUAGCAAGGGCUCCACACUGUUGUGUGCGCGCAAAGGACGCAAGAAGAAAAAGAAGGCCAGCUCGGAAGCGGGCUAUCCUUUGUAUGCCACCACCGCCCCCGAUGAAACCGAACCCGAGGAAAUACUCACUUAUGAAGAGGUUGCCUUGUACUAUCCCCGUGCCACACACAAACGUCCCAUUGUCCUCAUAGGUCCCCCCAAUAUUGGACGUCAUGAAUUGCGUCAACGUUUAAUGGCGGAUUCCGAACGAUUUUCAGCAGCUGUACCACACACCUCCCGUACCCGACGCGAAGGUGAAGUUCCCGGCGUGGACUAUCAUUUCAUAACACGCCAGGCUUUUGAGGCCGAUAUUUUGGCUCGCCGUUUUGUGGAGCAUGGCGAAUAUGAAAAGGCUUAUUAUGGCACUUCCCUGGAAGCCAUACGCACUGUAGUGGCCAGUGGUAAAAUAUGUGUUCUUAAUUUACAUCCACAAAGUCUAAAACUACUAAGAGCUUCCGAUUUGAAGCCCUAUGUAGUGCUGGUGGCACCUCCUAGUCUCGAUAAGUUGCGGCAAAAGAAAUUGAGAACGGGUGAACCAUUUAAGGAGGAAGAACUCAAAGAUAUUAUUGCCACCGCCCGUGACAUGGAGGCACGCUGGGGCCAUUUAUUCGAUAUGAUUAUUAUAAAUAAUGAUACUGAACGAGCUUAUCAUCAGCUAUUGGCUGAAAUCAAUUCUUUGGAACGUGAACCCCAAUGGGUGCCAGCCAGUUGGGUGCAUAACAACAGAGAUGAGUCAUAAUUUUAAUUACAACAAAAAAAAAUUCAAAUUAAAUAAUUACAGUUAUUGAAAAAUUAAACAUUUUGCAUGAAAAACCACAACUCAUAUUUACAAAAAAGAAACUACUAAAAUGUAUAUAAAAAAUCAAGAUAUUAAGAGAAAAAAACAAAACAUAGUUAUCAUAACUGGGCAAUAUUUUAUUAAAAGUUUUAUUUUUUUAUAAUUUGUAGAUAUUUUUUUUUAUGUAUGUAUAUUUUAAUAACUUUUAAACAUUCCUUAAAAUAAUUUCUUAAUUUUUUUUAAUUUACAAACAAAAAAAAACUAAAGAAAUUUAUUAUUAUUUAAACUUUGUUAAACAUUCCCUCCCUGUUUUUUAAUUUAAACACAAAUUUACUAACAUUUUCAUUUUAUUUUUGAUAUUUCGGAAAAUGUUAUGAUAAUUUUUGGCAGAAUUUAGCUUAGAAAAUCAUAACUAAUCAAUAAAUUUAGUUAAUAAAUAAAUAAAACUAUACUUAAACAACAAAAAAAAACAGAACUAAAGAAAAAAACUCUUAAAACUUAAACACAGGCUAGCAAGAAAAACUACUUAAAGAUAAAACCACAAAUAAACAAUAAUUUAGUAAAUUAUUAUUAACAAAAAGUUUAAGAAAACCAACCCCCAUUUACUUUAUAACAACUACAACCAGACAUCAUUAAAUGUAUGUUUUUUAGAGUAAAUAAAUUUAAAAAAUAAAAUAUUUAAAUCAAUAAUUUAUAAACUAAACUAAAAUUAUAAAAUAAAAUUUAUAAAAUGUUAAAUAAAAAUAUUUUUUAAUCCCAAAACCAAGACCCCCCCCCUUGACACUUGUUAAAUAACGUUUAACUUGAAUUUAUAUUUUCUGUUAACACGUAAUUAAAUUUAUAAUUAAAAUUAAAUUAAAAACCAACAACAUUUAUCAAAUUUAAACAAGUUGUUACAACAAAUUUAUAAAAACAAAAUUAUUGACAACCAACAUUAAACUAAAAAUAAUUAUAUAACAAAAAAAUGUGUUUUUUUGAUAUUUUGUAGUUAUUUAAUGAUUAUUUUUUGUUUUAUAUAAAAAAUUUAUUAAAUAAACUAAACAAAUUAUAACAAAUAUUAAAUAAAAAUAAACCUAACUGAUAACAACAAGUGAAAUAUACUAGAAUUUAGCAAUGUAACUGAAAAAUGGUAAAAUAUGACAAAAAAAAAAAUAUAUUAAAUAUGUUAAAUUAUUUUUAGUUGUAAAAUCUAUAAAUAAACAAAUAAAAAAAAAAUUCUGAAAAAUAAUAUAAAACCAACAAAAAAAAGAAAGAAAA